GAAGAACGAAGCGUGGAACCUGAUAGAUUUUUUGCAUUGGAGUAUAGUGCAUAUAAGCGAUUUCGGAAAAAAGGAGGAGGAGCACAGAACAUAUAAAAUUUGUUUGGAAGAGAUUAUCCAAAGUCCGGAGUUAUUAGAAUCUCGUAACGAUGAAUCCGCCAAAGAGUUGGCGUUACGAUGCUAG